CGCUGGUAAGACGAAUCCAUCCAUAGGUGCAUAUGACAUAUAAAGUCGGUGGUGCCUGGCCGACCUCAGGCGAAUCCAGCCAGCCAGCCGAGUUCCUUUGCAUCACCAUCACCAGCAGCGACUGCGAGGAUGAGCGGCGAAGACCUCAGCCUCCCGCGCAUUCUUUGCCUCCAUGGCGCCAGCGUCAAUGCCCAAGUCUUCCGCAUCCAAUGCCGGGCCAUCAUCGCCAGCCUGAAGGACAAGUUCCGGUUUGUCUUUGCUGAUGCCCCUGCCGAAGCCCCGGCCGACGAAACCGUCGUGGCCGUCUUUGGCGAGUUUGCGCCAUUUUACCGGUGGCUGCGCUGGAAGCCAGAGCACCAGGAGAUGGACGCUGAAACCGCGUCCCGGAACAUUGUCAACCAGCUCAAGAAGGCCAUGGACGAGGAUCGAGGCACAGGCGAGUGGGUGGGUUUGCUGGCCUUCUCACAGGGCGGCGUAGUCGCCGCCAGCCUGCUCUGGUCGCAGGAGCACAUCGAGGAAGAGGCCAAGAGGCCGCUGCCCGGCGUCCAUUUUCGCUUCGCCGUCGUCAUCGCCAGCCCCGGGCCGGUCUUCUUCAUCGACGAGAGCGGCACCUUGCCCAAGCCACGCCAUCUGCCAUCUGCCAAUGAGAGGGUGGACCUCUUCCUCGACUGGCCCGAAGAGGGCGCCACAGACGAGAGCCAUAUCAUCAAGACGCCGAUGCUGCACGUGCAUGGCCUGCAGGACCCGGCUCUGCUCAGCCACAGACGCCUGUAUAAGCUGUACAGCAAAAACGGCACUGCAAAGCUGAUGGAGUGGGAUGGAGGCCACAGGUUGCCGAUUAAGACGAACGACGUGGAGCGGCUGGUGAGUGGGAUAAGAGCAUUGGCCGAGCAAGUCGGCCUGGAGGCUUACGAUGAUGAUGUUUGGUGCUAGAAGUGUUGAUGUUUAGAUGCUGCAUUGUGCGAGUUUGAGGACCUUGGGCUGGCGUAUGGAAAUAGAAUGGCGGAGAAAAGGAAUAAGCUCGACUUCACCAAAAUAGAUCUUCUUUUUUUUUCUUCUUUUUGGUGCUCAAGCCCAUGAUUGCCUUUUUUGUUUGAUGCCCAGAUAGGGUGUGUUGCAUGUUAUCCUAGCACUUACAUGGAGCACGCUAUAAUACAGUAUUAAGUGUUUGCCA